UCGCAGCAGCAGGUUGUGAGAGCUCCUGGAGGAGCCGUGGGAUGCUGUUGAACACACCCUUUGCAUAUCGCUGUCUUUUUACAUCAACUAACAAGCUGGAUAUCAUCAAACCCUUUCCCAAAUAUGUGGCGUAGUACCGGCUGACUACAUCUGCUUGAGGUUACUAUGAUGGCAGGGUCAAAGAUGUCUGUGCCACUGGCUGUAGUGUUGGUCCUCUCAGUGCUGCUGACAGGAGCAACCCAUGCUGGGCCUGACAUGGACCCGUACAAAAUAUUGGGAGUAACCAGGAGUGCAAGCCAGGCUGAGAUCAAGAAGGUCUAUAAGCGUCUUGCAAAAGAAUGGCAUCCUGACAAAAACAAAAAUCCAGGAGCUGAAGACAUGUUUAUCAAGAUUACCAAAUCUUACGAGAUCCUGUCCAGUGAAGACAAACGUGCCAAUUAUGACCGUUACGGGCAGACUGAUGACACCCAGCCAUAUGGCAACAGUCGUUACGGUAACCGCCACGACAGCUUUUACUUCGAUGACUCCUUCUUCAACUUUCCCUUUAACAGUAAGAACCACAGGGAUUUUGCUGACAGCAAGUACACGUUGCACUUUAACCAGUAUGUCAAUGACGUGGUGCCUGACAGCUACAAGAGGCCGUACUUAAUAAAGAUCACCUCCGACUGGUGCUUCAGCUGCAUCCACAUUGAGCCUGUAUGGAAAGAGGUGGUGCAGGAGAUGGAGACUCUAGGUGUGGGGAUAGGCGUGGUGGAUGUUGGCUAUGAGAGACGGUUAGCCAAUCACCUUGGUGCCCAUCGCACCCCAUCAAUACUUGGAGUCUUAAAUGGCAAAGUGACGUUUUUCCAUUACGCUGUAGCAAAGGAGCACCUUAGACAGUUUGUAGAAGAUCUGCUGCCUCAGAGACUUGUGGAGUGGGUCACAGACAAGAACGACCUGCAGUUCCUGAACAGCUGGCAUGAGCUCAACAAGCCACAUGUGCUUCUAUUCGACCAAGUGCCUGUAGUUCCUCUGCUUUACAAACUGACAGCUUUUGCUUAUAAGGAUUACUUUCAGUUUGGCUAUGUGGACCAGGGCCUCUCAGAGACUGCUAAUCUGCAGAAACAGUUCAAUAUUAACACCUACGCUCCCACCAUGUUGGUCUUCAAAGAGAACAUUGACAAACCCGCUGAUAUUAUACAGGCUAAAGGAAUGAAAAAGCAAAUUAUUGAUGAGUUCAUGUCAAACAACAAAUUCCUCCUGGUGCCACGGCUGGUCAAUCAGAAGCUUUUUGACGAGCUCUGUCCUGUCAAACAGUUCCAUAGACGCAGAAAAUACUGUGUCCUGCUGAUCACAGGUGACGAAGAGACCUUUGCUUUCGGAAACCAGGCGUUUCUUUCAUUUGCCUCUACCAAUGCCAAGGAAGUGGUGAGAUUUGCUUAUGUGUACCAACGCCUACAGCAACCGCUCUGUGACAUCCUCAUGCAGAACAAGGACAGUGCACAGUCACCAGCACAGGUGGUGAUCCUGGAAAGGCGUAAUGCUGCAGGGAAGGCCUUGUUCAAGCCGGUGACCGCCUGGAACGGCAGUGAUGAAGACAAGCAGCGUCUUCUGGAGGAGCUGGAGCGACUUCAGAAGGACCCGUCCAUCCUCGUCCAUGACGCCAUGCUGCCUGAGCUCAACAACGAGUUUGCAUCUAUGUUUGUAAUCCGAUGGAUCUACGCAUCUUACGAUUACCUCUCUGAAGUCAUUGAUGAUAUUCUGCACAACAACUGGCGUGAGAUGAUGCCUCUUCUGUCCCUCAUCUUCUCUGCCUUGUUCAUCCUGUUUGGAACUGUGGUCAUCCAGGCUUUCAGUGACUCAAGUGAAGAUAAGCAGACUAAACCAAAGCCAAAAGAUGGAACAAAAGCAGAAAAUGGGUCACCAGGGACUGGGAGUACUUCAAGUCGGCCCCCCAAGAAGAAUUUUGUGGAGGUGACGGAGCUGACGGAUAUCACUUACAUUAGCAACCUGGUGAAGCUGAGGCCAGGACAUAUGAACAUAGUGCUGGUGCUCACUGACGCCUCCAAGAACAUCCUGCUCAGCAAGUUUGCCAAAGAGGUCUACUCCUUCACAGGGAGCCUGACGCUGCAUUUCUCUUUCCUGAAUAUCGACAAGCACGGCGAGUGGAUGAACACGCUGCUGGAAUACGCCCAGGACGCCAUGCAGAUCGAUGCAGACGAGGACGAUGGUGGAAACCACAAGAUGGACUACACCGGCUACGUGCUGGCUCUUAACGGCCACAAAAAGUACCUCUGUCUGUUCAAGCCCGUCUACACUGGGGAAGACGUCGACAACAAGUCAUCUGAGGAUGAAGGGGGCACUUCGGGGUUGAGGUCAAGGUCCAGUUCCCGCGAGGACCACCCGCCGCGCAAAUCCAACCGAUCCCGCAGCUUAUCCACCCUGCAGAUCCACCACAAACUGGACCGCCUGGGGUUGUGGAUGGAGAGGCUCAUGGAAGGCACUUUGCCUCGCUACUACAUCCCCUCGUGGCCAGGACUAGACAAAAUCAUGGCCGGUAAAUAGAUUGAGGAUUUGCUGAAGUUAGGCUAAAGCUGCCUUUUUUUGCACUUGAGAUAUUUAACAGUAACAUGUCUUUUAAAAGUUGUGUCAAUAUUACAAACUUUUAGUGCAACUACUGUGGGAAAAGGUCCUUUAGCGCACUCCUCUCACACUCAUCGCAUGCUGUUGGUAGUCAUAUUUUAUUCUGGCACAUGCUGCUGCUACAGAACAGAAAAGAAAAUCACUGUGGCCACCUGUCCCCUCCUGCCUUCAUGACCAUCAGUCAUAUUCACACACACACUAAAGGAGGCUGAAUGACAACCUUAUUCUUCAUUGAUGAAUACUGUGAAUAGAGAUGCAUGUCUCUAAUAAUAAAUGUCUUGCCUUUUCAUGCAUCUCAGCCCAUUUUUUCAGUUUUAGAUGAUCUCCUGGAUGCUGACUUGCUUGUGCAAUAUAGCGCACUGCUGUAAUGAAAAACGUCUGUUUACCAACCUCAGUUAGCCAGUAGCUUUAUGUAGCAAACAUCAUGAACACGCUGCCCGUUUCAUUUUCUGAAUGUUUCCCACAUGGCAACGAUUGACUGAUACAUUAUCAUUAUGUCAUGUUGAAUUGCGUAGACAUGAAAGUGAAGUCAAAUUUAGCGUGUGCUUGCUUAGUUUAUUAAAUUGUUUCGUCAACAUUAAGUGUAAAAAAAACGUCAUUAAUAUAAAUUUGUUGGUACAAUGUGAUGUAAAUAUUGUACAUAAUCAUGUCUAUCUAUAGGACCUGUAUUUUAAAGAGUAUGUAACUUGAAAGAUAAGUUGAAUGUUUUACAUGGAUUUAUCAAAAAUGCUGUUUUGUUUUCAUUAUGAAAAAACUACAGAUUUUCAUUAAGAAAAUUGAUGUCUGCUGGUUCUGUCAGAUUUUUAAGUUGGUUUUCAGUAGUACAUUUAUCCCCUUGUUGGUUGUAAUAAAAUGCUUUAUGUUUGUUA